CCUAUGAUGUUUUCCUUAUUCUCUUUCACUUUCAUUUCCAAACGUUGAACUUUCUUUUUUGGUGCAUUCAUUGGUUCCAACCCAUGCCUCUCGCUCUCUGUGUCUAUCUCUCUGAUCUCACUCUGUUGGUUUCUGAUCACAGUGUAUAGUGGUGGGUGAUCCUUCAACUGAUAAGCAUCUCUGGGGCUACACUUGACCAGGAAAUAUUCUUGUUAAUAGAUGGUUUUUGCACAUCUGUAUUGAGCCCCCCCUCCCCCCCCCCUCUCUUGAAUAGCAACUGAAAUCAUGGACCAUAAGUCAUGGCCAUGGAGGAAAAGAUCUUCAGAGAAGACAAUUGUUGCAGCUGAAAAAGUUGCUGUUCCCUUAGGAAGAUCUGAAGAAGAGAUAUGUACACUUUCACCACUGAAUGAAGAAGGACCAGAGAGAUCUGUGAACAAUCUCAAUGAGAAGUUAGCCUCAGUACUCCUUGAUUGUCAUGCUAAAGACAAACUUGUUACAAAACGUGCGAAAAGUGCUCAAGAAGCCAAUAAAGGGUGGGAGAAAGCUGAAGCAGCAUGCCAGAAACAAGAACCAAAUGAACCUUUGAGACAGGGAACAGUUGCAAAUGAACUACUAGCUUGUUCAGAUGCUGCACUGAAGGAAUGUAUGCAGAAGUUAUGCUCUGUUCAAGAAGAGCAGGAGCAAAGAAUACAUGACGCCAUCAUGAAAACAUCAGGAGAAUAUGAGAAGGCCCAGAGGAAAUUGGAGGAGAAGUUGGAGGAGAGAAGUAAACAGCUUGCAAACUUAGCUAUUGAGAAUACUCAACUGAGUAAGGCCCUUCUAACCAAAGAAAAGGUUAUUGAAGAACUACAGAAACAGAAAUCUCAGGCAGACGCAGAAUUCAAUGUGCUAAUGUCUAGAUUAGAUUCUGUGGAAAAGGAAAACACUUAUGUAAAGUAUGAGUUUCAUAUACUUGAGAAGGAGCUUGAGAUUCGAAAUGAAGAGAUGGAAUAUAACCGUCGAUCUGCUGAUGCAGCACACAAGCAACAUCUGGAAAGUGUGAAGAAAGCCACAAAGUUGGAAGCAGAAUGUCAAAGACUCCGUCUCCUCAUGCAAAAACGGCUUCCAGGUCCUGCUGCUAUGGCAAACAUGCAGAGUGAAGUUUAUAUGCUGGGAAGGAAUCACACAGAUAUGAGAAGAAGAAAGCAGAAUCCUACAAGAGAUCUGAUUGUCCGAGAAGCUACAAAAGAGGCCUCUCCUGAAAUUCCCAGUAAGAAGAUCAGUUUCAUGAUUGAGCGAUUACGUGAUGUGGAAGAAGAAAACAAGGCUCUAAAAGAAAUUAUAACCAAGAAGAACACUGAACUCCAUUCUUCAAGAAUCAUGUAUGCUCGAACAGCUUCCAGAUUAUCACAGACUGAGGCUCAUGUUACAGAGCUUUCUAAAUGUCAAAAAUCCAUGGAGUUGACUAGGUAUAGUCCUAUAUCAAGUGAACUUUCUCUAUUGGCCGGUUCUGAAAUUGGUAGUGAUGAUGGGAUUAGUUCUUCUGGAUCUUGGGCUAAUGCUCUAAUUUCAGAAUUGGAGCACUGCCGAAAUGCGAAACUCAAAAAUCCACUGGCAUAUAAAGCAGCUUCAGACAUGAGUUUUAUGGAUGAUUUUGUUGAGAUGGAGAAACUGGCAAUAGUUUCUGUGGAUACACCUAGGAGUGGGUGUUACCCCAAUCGGAUUGCUAAGGAUCUAGUUCCAUUUUCAGGUCAUUCUGGUUUGAGCGAUAGUAAACAGGAGAUGCAAUUGAAAACCGAACCAACUGAGAAAACUUUUGACUGGCUUCAGGUUGUUUUACAAGCAAUGCUGGAGCAAAAGCGUAUUUCAAAACGAAGUCUACAUGAACUUUUUGAGGAUAUCAAAAUUGCUUUGGGUUAUAUAAACCAUCCAACUACACAUGAAGUUGAGACAACUGCAAUCCCAAGGCAUCCUGGAGUGUCUGACCCUCUCCAUGCUAGUGGUUAUACCACUUUGAAAUCUCCAAACACAUCUCCACUUGUAGAUUCCUCGAAUGGAGCUUCUGCCAUUGACACCUCAGUGGAAGAAAAGGGCAGCCAAUGUAACCUAUCUAACCUGAGUAAGUCAAUCCAUAAAAUCAUCAAGCUGAUUGAUGGAGUUAAUCCAACAUCUUCAUUCAGUCGUAAAACUCCAGCAGAUUGGUCUAAGAGGGAUCAAAAUUCCAAACCGUUCCCUCCAGCAACAUCAGCAGACUACUUUGUCCGUGUUUUCCAGUGGAAAAGUUCAGAGCUAAGUGCUGUUCUACAACAAUUUGUUUGUACUUGUACUGAUCUAUUAAAUGGAAAAGCAGGUAUUGAAAAAUUUGUCAUGGAACUGAUGUUUUCUUUAGACUGGAUUAUUAAUAAUCACGUGAGCCCUAAAGAUGCUUCAAGCGCAAGAAAUAAGAUCAAGAAGCAUUUUGGUUGGAUGGAAUCCCAAACAGAAAAUGAACCUGGAAUUCAUACAUCCGAAGAGCAGUCAUUGUGUUUGCCAUUCAUUGCUUCAUCGCAUGACCAAGAUGUUUUGUUCCAAAUGGAGGAUGUUCAUUGUAAACUGCAAGAAGAAAACAGCAGAUUAAAAGACGAAUUGAAGAAUCAGGAAGCCGCAAAGAAAGAUAUGGAAGCUAGGUUACAGUCAGCAACUGGUAAGAUUGAGGUCUUAAUGACACAACUUCGAGAAUCGGAACAAAGCAUUGGAAACUUACGAGCAGAACUGGAAACAAAGGGGAUGAUUGAAGAUCAGAUUGAAAAUCAAAAGUUGAUAAAUGAAGAUCUCGAUACGCAGCUUACUGUUUCCAAAGCUAAAUUGAAUGAAGUUUUCCAGAAGUUCUCCUCUUUGGAAGUUGAAUUGGAGGAUAAAAAUAACUGCUGUGAAGACUUAGAGGCAACAUGUCUUGAGCUUCAACUCCAGCUAGAAAGUGUUGCAAAGGAAACUCCGAAGUACAGUUUGAAUCAACAGGGAAAGCAAUCCCAAAAUGGUUGGGAGAUCACAACAGCUUCCAUAAAGUUGGCGGAGUGCCAAGAAACCAUCCUACAUCUGGGAAAACAGCUGAAGGCUCUAGCUUCACCUAGGGAAACGGUACUGUUUGACAAGGUUUUCUGUAACACCAGUGCCGCUGCUCCGACCACUGAUAAUAAAAAAUUGAACAAGCGUUCCUCCCUACGUGACCGAAUGAUAGCUGAGGAUGAUACUAAGGCAGAGAUUCUCAAGUCUCCCAAAAUUAAAGAAACUACAAGCACUGCAGACACACAGAAACAACUUGUUCUUCAUUCUGAUAGCUAUAAUGCUUCUUGUGCUCUUAAUGCCCUGGUACAUACUCCAGAAUCAUUUCUUGGGUCGAAGCACAAAGGAGGUAACAAUGCAGUCGGUGCACUAGCUUUUGUCCCAAGUAAGAAACAGGGAGGAUUUGGUUUGCUAAGGAAGCUUUUGCUGAGAAGGAAGAAAGGAAGCAGCAGGAGAUCUUGAUCCCCUGUUAAGGCAUGAGAAAAGAAAGGCAAAGAGCCCAAGCUGGAAAAACUGCCCAUAAGCAACAAGUCCCAGUAAAGCAAUACAACCAGCAGUUGAUAUUAAUGAAAUUUGACUGUUCCAUCUUGAUUAAUAGAGAAAGUGAAAGUUUGGGCUUCUUUUGUCUUUUGUCUUCUUUUUUUUUGUUCUUUUUAUCCAAACAAAGAAAAGAGAUAGGGAUUUGUUUUUUGGCAAGUGUUGCUGUUGAUGAUGUACAUAUCUCUUGGUUUGAAGACAAUCAAGUUGAGAAUGAUGGUACUGACAAGAAAUGUUUGUUAUGCUUAAUAUCUUUGUUUGAUGAUGUA